AUGCAUUACGCCGUGAAGGGACGGUAUCACGCGCUCACGGGCACGACGCCCGGAACCGCACAGGCUCAAUCCGCGAGCCACGCGUCGGCGAUCAAGUUACCCAAAAUUACGCUUCCGCAAUUUUCGGGCGAUCUUACGCUGUGGCCGUCUUUUAUCGCCUUGUUCAACACCUCGAUUCACGACAACCGACAGAUCUCGUCAAUAGAGAAGUAUCAAUAUCUGCUGGCCUCGCUAAAGGGGGAGGCGCUCAAUGUAAUCAAGAAUUUGCCCCUCGCCGCGGAGUAUUACAUGAUUGCAUACGACGCGCUGCUCGACAGGUAUCGGAACAGAAGGAGGCUAGCGGACCACCACCUAAAAUCGAUACGCGAAGCCAAACCGUUAAAGAUAGAAUCGGCCGAUGCCCUCCAUAAAUUAUUAGAUACGUUCACCGAAAACACUCGCGCGCUAAACCUGAUGAAGUUCCCUACCGAUUCGUGGGAUUUCCUUUUGCUCAAUUUCCUGCUCGAGAAGCUUCCCCGAUCAUUGCGGGAAAAGUUCGAAUCUGUCCAUCGGGCCGAAGAGAUACCGCGAUACGCUCAACUCAUCAAGUUUCUUUCCGAACACUGUAAAGUACUUGAGGCCAUCUCGGGUCCGUCGACCAUGCCGUUCAAAUCACAAUCGUCCGCGUCGGCUUCGUCGCUUGCAUCUCGAACUGCCGAGUGUCCGGCGUGCAAGGAACAUCUCGUGUUCAAGUGCCCUCGGUUCUUGAAAUUAUCCCCUCGGGAAAGGCAUUCAACGGCCAAAACCGCGAAUUUGUGUCUCAAUUGCCUUCGCGCGGGUCAUGGCACUAACAACUGCACAUCAACGGGGACGUGCCGGUCGUGCCAGGCUAGGCAUCAUACCCUAUUGCACUUCGGACGGGGUUCGGGUCCAGUGGGCACCCCGACGGAUACCGGAGCCCCCUCUGAAACGGCCGCCGAGGAGAGUUCGUCGCCACAACAUAACGAGCCCCUCGUCACCAUGACCAGCGUCGCGAAAUCGAGUUCGACCGUAUUACUGUCAACGGUACAGGCCGAAGCUCUCGACGUCCACGGGAAUCCAUUCCCUGUUCGCAUGCUAUUAGAUAGUGCUAGCCAAUUAAACUUUAUCUCGGAAAAUUGCAUGCAACGGGGUGGCUUCGGACGAACCAAAGGUCGCACGGUGGUUCUAGCGGUUAAUGAUACUAAGGCGGCUGCCACUCGAGGCAGCACCUCACUCGUGAUUCAAGUACAGGGUAACGGCAACACUCGCGUUCCGAUAGAGGCUACGAUUCUCCCACGCAUCUCCGCACAAUUACCUAGUAGUCAAGUCGAACAAAGAGCGUGGAAACACAUAGAGGGAUUGAAACUUGCGGAUCCGCGGUAUCACCGACCGGGUCCCAUCGAUAUCUUAAUCGGCGCAGAGAUUUUUACGUCAUUGCUUCGAGACGGUCGUCGCGUAGGGAAGAAGGGCGAACCAGACGCCUUUAAUUCCAUUUUCGGAUGGGUUCUAGUCGGUUCGUUAGACGAGAUUCUCUCGGCUCCGCCGUAUUCACAGGAAGAUAGACGUUGCGAGGAAUUAUUUGCGCAGACCACGCGUCGCGAUGUAUCUGGUCGAUUUGUAGUAUCGUAUCCUUUCAUAAAGGAUAAACCUUGUUUCGUUGGCACGCGUCAAGUAGCCGUGAAUAGAUUUCGCGCACUUGAGCGUCGCUUCAAAGCGGAUAAAGAAUUCAAAGCAAAUUACAGCAAAUUCAUGCAGGAUUACUUAGCUAAUGGCUAUAUGAAAUUGAUCAAGCAGCCGUUCCCAGUGGACGGACCUGUCUUUUACCUACCCCAUCAUGGGGUACUCAAGUCGGAUAGCACGACUACGAAAUUGCGCGUCGUAUUUGAUGGAUCGGCUAAGGAUCUGAACGGCGUCUCGCUGAAUCAAAUGUUGCGAUCCGGUCCCAAAUUACAAUCAGACAUAGUUGUGAUAUUAUUGAUGUUUCGGCUCGGUCUCGUGGCACUCACCGCGGAUGUCAGACAGAUGUUCCUUCAGAUAUUGGUCGAACUCGGUCAAUGUGACUAUCAGCGCAUAGUGUGGCGUUUCUCGGAAAACGAUCCGAUCUCGGACUACCUUUUGUUGACUGUCAUUUUCGGAUUGACAUGCUCUCCGUUCAUAGCGAUUGCUUGCAUGUUAAAGUUAGCAGCCGAAGGCAAAACGAGAUACCCAUUGGCCGCAGCUGCCUUGGAAGAGAGCGUCUACGUCGACGAUGUGGUGACGAGUGUCGAGUCCGUGGAGAAGGCCCGCGAGCUUCAGCGGCAACUACAAGCCUUGCUUAAAACUGCCGGCUUCGAACUCAGAAAAUGGGCCAGUAGCCAUCCGUCGGUCUUGGCGGAUCUGGAUCCGGAACUCCGCAGCCAAUCGUUACUAUCCUUUGAAUCGCCGGAAGACCAGUUUCUUAAAGUCCUUGGACUUCGUUGGUACCCUCAAACGGACGACUUUGGAUUUCAGGUCAACCCGUUGGACAGAGAUUACACCAAACGCACCAUUCUCUCUGAAUUAGCUCGCAUCUUUGAUCCAUUGGGGUUCCUGACCCCGUUUACAUUCAUGGCCAAACGAUUGAUCCAGCAACUCUGGAUGCUUAAAGUAGAGUGGGACGACAGGCCCCCCUCAGAGAUAUGUUCUAAAUGGGAAAGAUACAAGUCGGAGCUCUCCGCGUUAGCCUCCAUUCGUAUACCUCGUACUCUCGCGGUCGUAAAUAAGGUAUUCAGGCGAGAAAUCCACGGAUUUUGUGACGCGAGCGAGCAGGGCUACGGAGCCGUUGUAUAUAUUAGACUCGUCACCGAGAAUGGGGUGACAAUCCGAAUGCUCAUCGCCAAAUCAAAGGUGGCCCCACUCAAGGCCAUCACAUUACCGAGACUCGAACUUUCCGCGGCUGUCUUGCUGUCAGAUUUGUUGGAAUAUGUCGAGAAAAUUCUCCGACCUAAAAUUGCCGUCGACGACACAUACGCCUGGUCGGAUUCUGAGGUUACCCUCGCGUGGAUACGCUCGGCUCCGCACCGUUGGAAAACGUUCGUGCGUAAUCGUGUCGCACGCAUCCAGUCUAACACAAACAUUUCCUGCUGGAAACAUGUCGAUACUAAAUCUAACCCCGCGGAUUGUUGCUCAAGGGGCUUAUUCCCCCAGGAACUAGUCGAUCACCCGCUGUGGUGGACCGGUCCUGCGUGGCUCGUCGAAUUUGAACCUACUCAAGAAACAACAUUGGAAGCUGAGGAUCUUCCCGAGGAGGAAGAAAAUUCUCGCGCCUUUGUUUCCACAAAUCCUGCGGAUGACGUAGAUUCCAUUACUGUUGUCGAUUCGCUUCUCGAUCGCUUCUCGUCGUUAGACAAACUCGUCAGAGUGUUCGCGUAUUGCCUCCGAUUCGCUACCAAAACUAGAUCAAACACGCUCACUCUCGUCGUGGAUCAAAUCGAAUUUCACUCGACCUUGUUAUACCUUGUCAAAUCUGUACAAUCUCGUUGUUUCGCGGAGGAUAUCGAAGGCUUAAGACGCAGUCAGAGCUGCUCCAAACCUCUGCGAAAACUUGCCCCCUUCUUGGAUGGUCGCGGAGUCCUCAGGGUGGGCGGCAGGCUCACCCAUUCCGCCAUCUCAUACGAGGCUAAGCACCCGGCAUUGCUGCCCAAUCGACAUCGACUCACGGAACUUAUA